CUGAACAGUAGCAGCGCCGCAGCCGGGGCUGGAGCCCGAGCGCAGAAGCCGACGGGCCGGGCCGGGAUGGUGCAGCGGCGGCUCCGCGGCGCGUGCACGCCCUGAGCGGGCCCGGGCUGGGCCUCGCUUCCCCCGCCCCGCCCCCCGCCGCCCCGGCCCCGGCCGGCAUGAUGUGCCUGGAAUGCGCCUCGGCGGCGGCGGGCGGCGCGGAGGAGGAGGAGGCGGACGCCGAGCGGAGGCGCCGGCGCCGGGGGGCGCAGCCAGGGACUGGCGGUAGCUCUUGCUGCGGGGCGCGGGGCGCGGGGGGCUCUGGAGCCGUGUCCGCCGACGAAGAGGUGCAGACGUUGUCCGGCAGCGUGAGGCGGGUCCCGUCCGGACUCCCCAGCAUCCCCAGCACCCCGGGCUGCGCAGCCGCUGCCAAGGGCCCCGGCGCGCCGCAACCCAAACCCGCCAGCCUGGGCCGAGGGCGGGGGGCAGCGGCUGCCAUCCUGAGCUUGGGCAACGUGCUCAACUAUCUGGACAGGUACACCGUGGCAGGUGUUCUUCUGGACAUCCAGCAGCACUUUGGGGUCAAGGACCGGGGCGCCGGCUUGCUGCAGUCAGUGUUCAUCUGCAGCUUCAUGGUGGCUGCCCCCAUCUUCGGCUACCUGGGUGACCGAUUCAAUAGGAAGGUGAUCCUCAGCUGUGGCAUCUUCUUCUGGUCGGCCGUCACCUUCUCGAGCUCUUUCAUCCCUCAGCAGUACUUCUGGCUGCUGGUCCUGUCCCGAGGGCUAGUAGGUAUCGGUGAAGCCAGCUACUCCACCAUAGCACCCACCAUCAUCGGUGACUUGUUUACCAAGAACACACGCACGCUUAUGCUGUCGGUCUUCUAUUUCGCCAUCCCACUGGGCAGUGGCCUGGGCUACAUCACAGGUUCCAGCGUGAAGCAGGCAGCUGGAGACUGGCAUUGGGCCCUGCGGGUGUCCCCUGUCCUGGGCAUGAUCACAGGAACACUCAUCCUCAUCCUGGUCCCAGCCACUAAGAGAGGCCAUGCUGAUCAGCUUGGGGGCCAGCUCAAAGCACGGACCUCAUGGCUUCGAGACAUGAAGGCUCUGAUCCGAAACCGCAGUUACGUCUUUUCCUCCCUGGCCACAUCUGCCGUGUCCUUCGCCACAGGGGCCCUGGGCAUGUGGAUUCCCCUCUAUCUGCACCGUGCUCAAGUUGUACAAAAGACCGCAGAGACGUGCAACAGCCCGCCCUGCGGAGCCAAAGACAGCCUCAUCUUCGGGGCCAUUACCUGCUUCACUGGCUUUCUGGGAGUGGUCACAGGUGCGGGAGCCACUCGCUGGUGCCGCCUGCGGACUCAGCGCGCUGACCCACUGGUGUGUGCGGUGGGCAUGCUGGGGUCUGCCAUCUUCAUCUGCCUCAUCUUUGUGGCCGCCAAGACCAGCAUUGUGGGCGCUUAUAUAUGCAUCUUUGUUGGGGAGACACUGCUGUUUUCUAACUGGGCCAUCACUGCAGACAUCCUCAUGUAUGUGGUCAUCCCCACCCGACGAGCCACGGCUGUGGCCUUGCAGAGCUUCACCUCCCAUCUGCUGGGGGAUGCUGGAAGCCCCUACCUCAUUGGCUUUAUCUCGGACCUUAUCCGCCAGAGCACCAAGGACUCCCCGCUCUGGGAGUUUCUGAGCCUGGGCUAUGCCCUCAUGCUGUGCCCUUUUGUCGUGGUCCUGGGUGGCAUGUUCUUCCUUGCCACCGCUCUCUUCUUCCUCAGCGACCGUGCCAAGGCUGAACAGCAGGUGAACCAGCUGGUGAUGCCGCCUGCAUCCGUGAAAGUCUGAGGUGGUGCAGCUGGGACAGCAAUGAUCUGCAAUUUAGACUGGGAGAGGUCCUCCAGCAUCCUGGACCUGCAGGACCGUCCCAAAGCUUCCCGUGUGACUCACAGCUGGGUACACACCCUCUUUGGCCCAGGACUGAGUGGCCCUAUCUCCAAGAAGCUGCAUCCUCAGUUAACAUGGAGGACUGUGUGUGCUGGAGCCACUCUGUUGGACACAAUUCCAGCCCUGGUUGGGGGACGCAGGGCCAAAAGAGAAGUCAGCCUGCAGUGGGCAUUUGGGGGAAGCCUGGCGGGCCCUUGGCUCAUGUGAUCUUGAGGGAGCCCCUAUCCUCCCUAGACAAUGGGGCCAAGGAGCUGGAGCUUCCUCCAUUGCGUGCCUUCCAAGGCGCCCUUCACAGCUUUGAAGAAACAAGUCCUAGGCUGUACACAGAAGACAUGACCCAAGUCUCAGGACCUCAGUUCUGGUUCUGAGGUCCCCCAAAAGUUCUGGUGUACAGGGACCACUUCCCCAUUCCUAGGCUCUAACCUUGGGGCCGUCAAAUUCAGCCUGACCCGUGGAGCUGGGUACCUGCUGUUGGGACAGUCACCCUGGAGGACACUGUCUCUGCUGUCUUCAGCUGGUUCUUUGCCCGGAGGUUGUUCCCAGGUGGGACCACCCCUUAGAGGACUGAAGCACUGGGGGUGUGCACCCUGGCAGCACCUGCACCAGGGGCUGAGACCUUGAGAACCCACUUCCUCACCCCAUCCCCCAACUCCUGCUGUGCCCCAGAAGCCACUCCCCCCUACAGGAUGACCUUUUCAAUGAGGAGUCAGAUUCAAAUUUGGCUGCUGAAAGCUGUACCUAGCAGUCCACACUGCUUCUUGGCUUAGGGUAUGGAACUGCUGGAGAUUUCCCACCAGUGCCUGUAGGUAUCAUACCCCAAUUGACUCUUGGGGCGGGGCAGGCUUUCACCUCAGCCUUUGAUCAACCUACUCCCCCGACCCACCCCCCAGCCCCUCACUCCCCUGCAGCCACCUUAGUCACCUCUGGACACUUAUCCCCAGCUUCAUACUCUUUGCACGUUGUGACCAAGGUGGCUCUGGUCCUGGGGUACUGUUGUAACCUACAGGAAACUUCCAGAACCGGCUUGGACAACAGUCCCCUGUGGCUGUCUUCCACUUGCUGGCUGUGGCUUCAGUGGUGUUAGUUAGUGGUACCCAUCCCACCCAAGCUCUGGGGCACUCUGGGGGUUUGGAAUGUGGGUGGGCAGAGGGUGCUAUCCCUUACGACCAGCCUUGCUCCCACCCUAACCCCAGCAGGGGCUCCAGCAAUGUUUUCUUGUUGUACAAGAACCAGGUCCAAGUGUUGCCUCCUCUUCCUUCCGGAAGCUGAACCGCUCCUUUAUUUUUUAGAGCUGCUGAUUGUGAAUCUCAGAGUCUUAAGAGAGAAGCCAAAUAUAUAUUCCUCUUGUAAAUGAAGAAAUAAACCUAUUUAAAUGUUU